GAGAAAUGUCCACUGUCGGAUCUACAGCUACCACCUUAACAUCCGUUACAACCUCUUUUAUCACGGUGGGCCCGAAAGAUCUCGUCUUUAACCCUUUUAAAGACUAUGAACAAGAUCCAGGUGAUGACAUUUCAGGUGAAGCUAGCACGACAGUCACAGAGUUCGUCAGUUCUUACUCAGCAAAAGUAGAAAUCCUUGACCUAUUGGUCAACCCCAGCUGGAGCAAUAGUUCUGCAGCAGACAAAAGCGAGGUAUUCACUGACAAGAAUUCCGAAGGAGGUUUCACAUACGAGGGAUUCAAGAUAACGAGGGCAGUUAGUGUGCCCUGUCUCUUCCUCAUGUUGGUGUCAUCCAUCCUCCUUGUGUACAUCAUCCUAAAACACCUCAGAGGAAUCCUCUAUCUCUACAUCUCCGUUCUCUUCUAUGCUUUUACUCAGGUGCUGCUAGUCCUAGUGAUGGUUGUCUCAUGGUCUUUACGUGACGUGCCCCAGACCCCCUUCUCCUGCCAGUACUUCGUCACAAUCCAGAGUGUGAGUCUCGUGCUCCCUGUCUACGGACUCCUCUUCAUCACAGUCGUCAGAACCAUCUUCCUCAGACGCCCCUUCGACAACGAUCUCCUUCUUGAAGCACGGUUCCAGCUUACCGGACUUUGCAUUAGUUUGUGUGUAUGCGGGGUUGUGUUCUCGCUUCCUCACCUUGGUGUCUGCGAGAUUGACCUCAUAAAGCCAGCAGGAGGUACAUCCUACUGUGGUUACAGAUGGGAGGGUGUGGAGUGUAGAGCGUUCAAAACUUCAGCACUGAUUGUAGGGUACAUCCUCCCCGUCCUGUUAGUCCUGGUGCUCUACGCUGUGAUCUACAGCACAGUUCUCGUGCUCCGUACCAGGACCAGGAAGAUGACCCAAUCAGUGGGACUGAUGAGUGAGUCUUCUGAGAAACAGACGGUCUCCAGAAGCAAGAGCCUGGAAUGGGUUGAGAAGAUCAGAACUUCAAUGCCCUGGUGCAUUAUCAUCAUAUUAUUCUUAUACAUCGUGUCCACUGUUCCCUGGAUACCCAUGGAACUUUAUACUCACAAAGUGACUGCUAUUUUAGGAAAUCGGAAUUAUUCCACCCUGUUAUUUGACAUUCUGUAUUCAGUGCUGUUGUUGGGAUCCGGCUUGUCACCUCUAACCUACUUGGUUACUUCCAAUACACUACGUGGAUUGUUUCUCGUAGAGUACAGAAAGCUCAGAGGUUAUUCUUGUUGUGAGAGUAAUGUUUAAGCCCUAUAAACUUAUAAACAUAUGAUGAAACUGACUGUGAUAGUUUUGAUAACAUCAGAUGCGAAUAUCUUCGGGUUAUGAACCGCAGACUUAUAAACGGUACUUUUAAUGUUCAUUUUUUACAGAAUUGCUUCUUUAAUAACAGGCAAAAUUCAUGUUCUAUUAACAGUUUUUAAAUCAUGAUUUACAUUUUGUAAAAAUUCGCAUGCAAACC